AAACAAAACUUACCUGCCCUGUAAUGCCAGUAAUCAAAGCAACUUUCUCAUUUUCAGAAGUCAUCUUGCCAACUCCAGUAGGUGAUUAAGCGUCAGCUGUUAGUGCCACAUACAAUGCUUAUCACAAAGUAAUUACUCAAAGCGUUUAAAUGUGGCCGCCAAUGUUUACGGUUUUUCUGCCCUUGGUCGUGUCAAUUGUUCUUGUUCACGGUCAAGCAUAUGAGAACACUCGAUGUAUUUGCGGAUGUCCCAGUAUUGCGCUGGUAACAAACAGUACAGAUGUCACGUUGAACACUCGUAAUUUUCAUAUCGCUAAUGUGCCACCAAAUAAAUGUAACUGCGAUGGGGUGAUCGUGCCAAAGCUCGGUGACAAGAUCAAAGGACGAGAGAACGAGUUCUGCCCCCGUUGCGAAUGUAAAUAUGAGCAUCGUAACGUUACCAUUAUUAAAGUUGUGGUCAUAAUCGUUAUAUGGGUUAUUUCGAUCCUGGUAAUAUAUAUGGCUUUCUUGAUUAUCUUGGAUCCGCUAUUGAAUAAACGCGCCAAAGGAAAUUAUCAAGAACAUACAAAUGAAGAGGUAAUCUAA